AUGUCCGCACCGUAUACCGACGAGAAAUACCCUCUCCCCCUCGCCGAGGUCGAAGCCCCGGAGGAGAACGAACAACCCCAGCCUCAACCUCAGUCUCGACCCAAGCACACGUCCCGCCUCCGACUCAUCAUCCUAGCCGGAGUCCUCAUCUACUUUGUAGUAGGAUUCGGCGGGCACGCUCUUAAGUUGGCCACCGAGGACUAUGGUCAUCAUCACGGGCAUGGGCACGGCAAGGAGAGUCAGGCGAAAUGUCCUUCUCAACCCAAGGCUCUUGGAAAGGGGGAUGGCUGGAACGUACCUGACAACUAUACCGACCUGGUCAUCGGCAGGCUAUCUCGAUCCGUCCGAGUUCCCGCCGUCUCGUACGAUGACAUGGGCCCGAUCGGGGAAGAUAAGCGAUGGGACGACCAUUACAAGUUUGCCCAGUUCCUUCAAGCCGAAUAUCCUCGAGUCUACGACACCCUCACCCAUACCCACGUCAACACCCAUGCCCACCUCUAUACCUGGACCGGCACCAACCCCUCUCUGCAGCCCAUCGUACUGAUGGCUCAUGAAGAUGUCGUCCCUGUCAACCCGGGUACAUUGGGUCAGUGGACUCAUCCGCCAUUUGAAGGGGUUGUCGAUGAUGAGUGGGUUUGGGGGAGGGGGGCUGCGGAUUGUAAGAACCAGCUCAUGGGGAUCAUGUCCGCCCUGGACAAGCUCAUUGAAGAAGGGUUCCAACCCGAACGUACCAUCUUGAUUUCUUUCGGGUUCGACGAAGAGAUCGGCGGUAAACGAGGCGCCAACUACCUCUCGCGAGCGAUCCAAGAAAAGUACGGGAAACACUCCAUCGCCUUUCUCGUCGAUGAAGGGUUCGGCGGGGUGGACGUCGCGUACGGGAAGACGUUCGCCAGUCUGGGAAUGGCUGAAAAGGGGAAUGUCGACCUGGUCGUCAGCAUCGAGACCGCUGGUGGGCAUUCCUCGGUACCCCCUGAGCACACAGGAAUUGGUCUCCUGGCCCAAGCCAUCAACAAGCUCGAAUCCCACCCUUUCCCAACCGCCCUCACUUCCGCCUCUCCCUACCUCAAGUACCUAACCUGUCUCGCCGACUACGCUCCGGACCUCCCGAAAGACCUGCGCAAGAGCAUCAAAACGCCUAGCAAGUGGAAAAAGUUGGCAGCUGGUCUGAGCAAGGAUCCUCAACAGAGGGCCUUUUUGGGAACUACUCAGGCUGUGGACCUGAUCAAGGGUGGGGUCAAGGUUAAUGCCCUGCCCGAAGAGGCCGAAGCUACCGUCAACUACCGUAUCGACUUCACAUCGUCGGUCGCCGAGACCAAGGCGAAAGUCACCGAGACGCUCCUCUCGGUCGCACACAAAUACGACCUCGAGUUUGUAGCCUUCAACCAAACGCAAAAGGCUUGCAAGCACCGCAAAAGCAAGGGUCCUUACCGUGGCAAGAUGAGGCUCGAGGUCGGGAACGAGAACCCGGCUGGUCUCGAGCCUGCCCCCAUCACCCCUAGCGACGGGGAGAGCUUCCAGUUGAUGGGUGCUACCAUCAAGAAGAUCUUUGGGGAUGACGUUGUCGUGGCUCCCUCGGCGAUGUUCGCCAACACCGAUACUCGGGCCUACUGGAAUGUCACCCAGAACCUCUACCGAUUCGCUCCGGCCGCUAUCGCUGACUUCAAGAACCCUCACACCGUCGACGAGCGAAUGUCGAUCCGGGGCCACUUGUCGACCAUCAAGUUUUUCUACCAGUUGUUGCAAAACACUCAAGGAUGGAGGCAAGGACAAGAGGAAUAG